GGGGGGGGGGGGGGUUUGCUAGAAUUUAGUCACAUGACAUCUAAUAGGUUUUCCCACACAGGCAGACACUUAUAAAUCAGAUCCUGUACUGUUUUUAAAAUAAAAAUCCUGCUCUUUUUGUUUAUUUCUAACGGAUGAAAAAUCAAGGGUCUUUAUAUCCUUGGAUGUGUUUAAAGCUUUUUAAAAAAUGUAAGUAAAUUUACUGUUUCUCUCACUGCUGUUGAGAUGUUCUUUAUCUUCCCGCAAUCUCCAAAGGACUAAGAGGAAAAGUGCCCUUUUUCUCCCAGGAGGAGUGUGUUGCACUGAAUGCAAAUCACCAUGCGUAACAUAAUAAAGAUGCGAUCCCUCCUCCGUAAGGAUUUGCAGCCUGCAUUAAACGUGAAGAACAGGGAGCAAAUAUAUAAAGCCUAGACGUUAUCUCUUCUUCUUUCGGUUAACAUUCAUCUUUGAAUAUUGCCCAACAUCUUGCUUAAAUAGUAGUGGGGUCUGUGUGUGUGGAGGAGGGGGGUCAAUGUUCUUUUGACAAUGUAACUUUUCACAAUGUACUAUAUAUUGUGUAAAGAAUAAAACUAGAGCUGCAACUAACGAUUAUUUUCAUAAUCGAUUAGAUGGCCGAUUAUUUUUCGAUUAAUCGGAUGGGGCGGGGAAAACUUUUAAGUAAGUUUUUUUGUUUAUUUAAAAUAAAAUCCACAAACUGAGUGUUACAAAUAUAAAGUUCAGAGUAAAACUUUACACAACUGUUUGUCCAAUUAUAUAAGACUGAAAAGAACCCAGUACACACACACACACACACACACACACACACCAGAAUAUAGAUUAUUCAUUUAGGACUGUAGUUUAUUUCUGUGCUUUUUGUGCAUCCAUAAAAAUAAUGCAUAAAUACUUGUAAACUAAGUAUAUAACUAAGUAUAUAAACAGUAAAUUGUAGAAAGUCAUUGUCGGUGAUUGGAUAUUCUGGCUAGCGGCGUAUGACUUCAUGCGUCGUCGACUAGGAAGUGGAUUAUACUUCCGGGAAGUAAAAAAAAACUCGUUAGUGUUCCAUUUGAGACGAUAUUACCUUUCUAAAAUACAUACACUAGAUGGUAGAGUACAUGGUGCAUAGUGUAAGUGUACAGUUCGUCAUUUGGGGCACAAAUUUAGUAUUUACUCUCUGAAGCCUGUUUUCGGAACAGAAGUAAUGUAAUGAGUAAAUCUACCCCGUGCCGUGCGCAGUCAAUACUUGUAACCACAAUAUUUUUGGUUACUGCUGUACCUGUUUUCAUUUUCACACUGCUACAUCAUCGUGCUCUUAAUAAACUAUUCAAAUCUAUGGUAGUGGUGGUGGUGUUUCAAAAUAUAUAUAUAUUAUAAAGUAAGUGAAAGUAAGAUGAUUGGCUGCAGUGAGUCUCAGUCUCAAUCAGCCACGUGGAGCUGCAGGAGGCGCAGUGUGUGGCGCAUUGAGUUCAGAUCAGCACCUCCGGCGCGCGCACACACACGUACACACCCAGGGUAGGGAGGACACGCACACGCACACACACACACACACGCACACACAGUUUUUUUCCCCCUCUAAACCCGGACAGAGUGUAGAAUGAGAUAACAGGGCUGCAGGAAAUCCCCGGGAUUCGUGUCACCGGGACAGUGGGAUGAGUGAGUGUGAGUGGAUUUGGACUUUGAUGCAGCAUUUCGAAGAAAUUUCACCUGCCAGGUCUCAUUUAGCGCUCGGGCAGGAAGGAGACUGAAAUUUUCUAAACUGAAAAAAGAAAUAAAAAAGCGCACGAUGGAAGUUUGCAAAGGGAGAAUGCUUGGCAUCUCGGUGGCGAUCGCGCACGGCGUUUUCUCCGGUUCGCUCAACAUCCUGCUGAAGUUCCUCAUCACCACCUACCACUUCACGUACCUGACCCUCAUCCAGUUUCUGACCAGCUUCACGGCGGUGACGACGCUGGAGAUCCUGCGCCGGAUCGGUGCCGUGAACAUCCCGCCACCGAGCGCGCGCCUGGUCCGGGUGUUCGCCGGAGUGUGCGCGCUCUCCACGCUGCAGUCCACGCUCACCCUAUGGUCUCUGCGGGGCCUCAGCCUGCCCAUGUACGUGGUGUUUAAGCGCUGCCUGCCGCUCGUCACGCUCGCUGUCGGGGUGUGUGUACUGCGGGACGGAGCGCCUUCAGUCGGGGUCACCGUGGCUGUGCUCAUCACCACCGGCGGAGCGGCACUGGCGGGUGCAGGAGAUCUCACAGGCGACCCCUUCGGCUACGUGACAGGCGUUUUAGCUGUCAUUAUCCACGCCUCAUACUUGGUGCUCAUCCAAAAGACGAGCGUGGACAGCGAGUACGGCCCGCUGACAGCUCAAUACAUUAUCGCUUUGGUGGCCUCACCCGUGCUGCUUGUCUGCUCCCUCGUGAGCAUGGACGCCAUCGACAUGUGGACCUACGAGGGCUGGAAUAAUCCAUCCAUCACAGGAAUCUUCUGUGUCUGCGUCAUGAUUGGCUGCGCCAUGAACUUCACCACACUGCACUGCACGUACAUCAACUCGGCAGUGACGACCAGCUUCGUGGGGGUGGUAAAGAGCAUCGCUACCAUCACUGUGGGCAUGCUGGCCUUCAGUGAUGUCGAGCCCACCAACCUGUUUAUAGCCGGCGUGGUGGUCAACACCGUCGGCUCCAUCACCUACUGCAUAGUGAAGUACUACGAGACCCAGAAGAAGCUCAGCUACCAGGACAUGGACAAGACCGUGAAGGACGAGGAACCACCCGGAGAGCCGUACGUGGAUCCUCCUUCCAAACCUGAUGGAGAAGUGGAGAAUUUUCCAAACGGCUGCCUGACUGAAUCACAGGAAGACAGUGACCGGGGUCAUGUGUGUGAGUCUAUAGAGUUACAAACAUCAGCGCAGGUGCCAGAGAGCAAACCUGAAAACCAGAAUUUAAGUGACAAUUUUGUGGGCGUGUGGAGAUCAGUGCGCACCUUAAAGUUCCUUAAGAAAGACACUUUACUGGAUAACAUGGAGGUGCAGAGUCCUUGAUGAAGGUUAAGAGAGAUGCAUGCUAAGUUAAAACAUUCUCACAGGCUGACUGUGUGAGCAAGAGGAAUGUUGCCUUUUAUUACUCACUCUCUUAAACCUGGAUUUAUGGAAAGUUAGUAUUUUUUUAAAAAACACCUUAUGAUCUGUUUGUAUGUUGGCUGAAAUCAUAUAUUGGCUGUUUUUAAGAAUGGGAGUUUCACGAUGACUGAUCAGUUCUCGGUGUCUUAUAUGGCAGUUGACUGAUCCACAUUAAAGGAGUGUAUAUCAUCAAAAAAUGAAAUUUACACAGUUUUACUUAUAACUUACAGCAGAUGUAUUUGAUCAGCCAAGACUUGUUUAGUGUCUGAAGUUUGCUUAUUUAGCUCUGGCAAAUGUAGCUAGCAAGUAAUAGAUGUCUGUCUCACCCAAAAUUGUUUCUGUAAAUAUCUAUCUGUCUUAAAUCUGAUCCUGGUAUUCAGUGACAUCACACACGGACUUGCUGAUGUGGUUUAGGCAUGACACAGUCUGACGUCCUGUAAUCUAUAAACAUGGGCAAAUUUCACAGUGUAACUGAAAACUGUAACAGGGCGGCCAUCUUGGAUAACCCAAAAUCACUUUUCUCCUUCGUGAAAUUUUGCUCAUGCGCUCUUAGAAAGCGUUAUUCAAGUGAUCCGCUGAAAUUCACUGGAUAAUUAAGUAUUCUCAGCUUCCAAAAGAAUUCUGCUUAUAAUGUGUUUUGACAGCUAAACAGGUUCGAGAUUUUCUAAACAGGGUUUAGUUGUAUAUUCUAGACCUGACCUAUUCAAACUUUUUCCCAAUGAGGCCUACAUCUCAGUUUUUGGAGAACUUGCACUACUGUCACCACCAUCCUACGAAAACAAAGUUAUGUAUGUAUAUAAAAACAGGGAAUUUUGACUAUUUUUGGCCAAAAGUUUUCGAUAAACACAAAACAUCCAUUUAACUCGACAGAAAAUGAGGGUGUUGCAUCAGUGCAUCUUUCAAGCACUACAAUCACGGGCCAAAACAGUACAAGUGUGAAACGGGGGAAGGGGCGGGGCUUCCAGAGAGUGUCAGUUAAUAUCAGCGAGUUCAAAACACCUGUACAUGUCAGUUGGCUUUGUUGUUUUUUAUUUUAGAAAAAAAUAUGGCAUUUGGCAUGUUUUCCCCAUAUACUCUAACGUUAAAAUCUGGAUUGCAGAUACAGUCUUUUAAAAAUGUAUUUUUUUGGUAUUUUCCAUCUCACCCUCUAUUCUAGACAAACAAUAUAAUUUUUUUUUGAAGGUUUUAUAUUUUGUUAUAUUUUUUAGCUCCAUUUUAUGAAGCAAUAUCCUAUUGAUCAGACUUCAUUCUCAAGAAUAUUCUUCGGUUAUCUUAAAAAUACGCAAUAAUUAUUUAUUUUUAAAAUUGAUAUAAAUUCAUUAUUAUUUCAUUAUCAUGUGACGUGAUCACAACACGCAUUCAUCCAAAGCCCUCUUUGAUUCAUGUGCAUCGAACGUGAGUACAGCUAAAAGGUCUCAUUUACCAACAAACAUCACUGCAAUUUUGCCAAUUCAAGUAGUUUUCUGCAAAAAAAAAGCACAAAAAAAAAACCUCUGCAAGUUGUAUCACAAGUUUUGAAAAAAGCCACAGCAAAAUCAAGCAUUUUUUGGCUGCAACAAUCUCAUAAAAACUCAGCGAAAUCCUGUACAGACUGACUAUUAUGUCAAUUAAUAAUAACAAUGAUGGUUAUACAAAUCCUUUUUUUUUGGUUGUUUCAACCAUUAACAGUUUGGCAUCAUUUCAGGAUUCCAAAGUCUAAAGGAGGAAUAGAAUCAGAAAGCUGGAAGUGAUGCGGAUGAUAAAAUAGUUCUACACUGAACUUAAAUUUGUAAAUACAGGCUGCUUUUUAACAAAAUCAUUUAUUUAAAAAAAAGAAGAAGUUAGUUUUGUCGUUUGAGGCACUAUAUGAAGGUUUAAGCAAUGAUUUGUUGAAAAGAAUUUACAUGAGACUUAAAUUUUAUGUUAGCAAUAGUAGAAACACUGCGAUGGACUGGUGUCCCAUCCAGGGUGUAUUCCCGCAUCACACCCAGGGUUCCUAGGACAGACUCUCGGAUCCACUGAGACCCUGAUCAGGAUGAAGUGCUUACUGAAAGUGAGUCUGAAUAGAAUCAUAGCUCUGGUGCAAACGCAAACUUCACACAUCAGGCAUGUCUUGGCUCAUUGACUGUAUAUAAGGGGGAUUCCUGUGUAAAUUUGAUGUUUUGCCAAACCAUUCUUUUAAUGAGAAAAAUAUAACUAAGAAAAGAAUCAUUCCGAUUUUCUGAUCAUUUGUAAAUCUGAUUUCCUACCUAGUUUAUUUCUAGCAUUUUAUUUGUAUUUCCUGCACGCAUUUCGUCUGUCCCGGUCUGGGUUAUGUUCGAGCUGAGAAAAUGAGAUAUCAAAAAAAGAAGCGAUGGUUAUUAUGUGCAUGUGUUGUGUAAAAGUAAUCUCAAACAAGUUUUAUAGGAAACGCUCGAAAUGCUCAUGUCACCAUUACCGCUGGAGCGUUUAUCAGAGAUCCCUGCCAGCUGCCCUGCUCGCGCUGUCAUUAAUGAAUAGUUCUGAUUACACACGGAUGACUGUGAUAAGGGUAACUGAACAUGAAAACAAUCUGGAUUCACUCUGAAAGAUCCACUCGGGGGGGGCAAGAAGACAUUCCCUUAUCCUUUAUGUUGAAGUCAGCAUCAUUAGAUAAUAUUACCUCAGUUUAUAUAGUUGAGGGGGGUCCGAGUCGAGAGACGCCGGGAUGAGACCACCUUCUGAGACCAUUAGCACUGCGAUUCUUUUACUAUCUCUGACUCGUACGAGUAUGUCUUUGUGAUUAAAGGAGCCCAUGUAUGAACGUGAAA